CUUGGCGAAGACACCAGCAUGAGUUCACUGUAACUGUAGGUGAUUAAUCCCUCACAAAAAGCAACAUCCUUCCAGGGGACAGGAUUUUAGCUUUGAUGAAAAUGCUGACAAAAUUGCUGCCCCUUCCUCUUGCUGCUUCUACCUCCAAAGAAUGAGAAAUGUGCCAAAUCUGCUGAACACAGUGAGAAAGCACUAGCCAGCUGGCUGGAAAAGGGGCAAACAGAACGUCUUCAAUUCUCUUAUUUCACAAUUUCCCCUUCUCCCAUUUGACCAGUCUGCUUUCAAGUGGGGAACUCUGUUUCCAGCCCCAACCAAAAUAGUACAGCUACUCAGUCUAAGAUCUUUUUCCUCCCUUCAGCUAUGCAGAACACAAAGUGAUUUUGCUUUAACUGGACAAAUAGAAAGAAUUUCCCGUGGGACUGCUCAAUUUGGACCCCCUUUCGAAAGGUCCUGCACUUGCCUUAGUUGUUUGGGGUUGUGCUGCAAAGCAAAGGCAGAAGGAUGACUGCAGCUAGAGAAAAUAAAAGGAUUUGCACCUUGCCAUACCCUGCCCUGCCCGGCCAGUCCCGGGAGCCGCCAUGCCCGCGCUGUGCCCACAGCCCCAGCUCCGCGGCGCUCGUCUCCACCACCAAGUCCGGCCUGUGCUGGGGCCACGCUGGGCACGCGCGGGGCCAAAUGCAGCGCCCCCCUCAGGCUGUGUGCCACCGGUGCAGCCGUGGCCGUUACGCUUCGGGCGUUGUGGCGACAGUCGGUGAUCAGCACCAUGGCGGAGGUGCCGCUGCCUGCCGGGCUCAACGCCAGCACCUUCCCCGCCAAGCUGUGGCGCCUGGUGAACAACCCCUGCGUCCGCUCCGUGCGCUGGGACAGCCAGGCCCGGGGGCUACUCAUCGACCGUUCCCUCUUCGAGCGGGAGCUGCUCAGCCCGGCCAAUGCCCAUGGCGGGGGCAGCAAGGGGGUGGGGGCGGCCCCGGACUCUUUCCAAGCCACGCACUUCGGCAGUUUCGUGCGCCAGCUGAACCUCUACGGCUUCCAAAAGGUGCCGGGCUGGGUUGGCGCAGCUGUGCCGGGCGAUGCCGGGGGCUGGCUCCACUUCAGGAAUCCCAACUUUCGCCGUGACCGCCCCGACCUCCUCCUCCGCAUCAAGCGCCUGACCAGGGCUAAUAGGCUGCGGCUGGCGGCGGGGCUGGAGGUGCGCAGCCGCCAGCCCAGCCGCUUCCAGCAGCUCCACACGGACCGGCCGCUGCCCGCCUUCCCCGCUGGGCAGCUGCCCAGAGCCGCUGCAUUGGGCACUUUAGCCCCCAGUGCUCCAGCUUGCAGUGGUGGUUAUGCAGCAUGGACAGCCCCCAGCUGGGUAUGGAGUACUCCUGGUGAAGAGGAAUUGCCACCACUGGAUCUGGACCUUGUGCUUGAGACACUGGAGAAGAUGGUUUCACCAUCCCUGCCUGAAAGGUGUCCCUCUGCUCAGGACAAUAUUAGCGUUGCCCCCGAGUCUUCAGGAGAGGACAGUAUGGACAGGGCUGCAGCAGAGGGAGCUUCAUCUGGGACCAGGAGCUGUGGGCACAGGUCCCAGGAGCCCAAGGAGCUUGAUAUUCAUCUGAUCUACCUUGCCAGGAGGGCUGCCCUGCGUGCGAAGAAGGACCAGAGGGAGAGCCUGUGACCGCCGGGCAGGUGGAAUCUCUCUGUUUAUAGAUACAUUUAGAGAUUGCUAUAGUUUUAUUUCUAUACCCAUAUAGUUAUGUUUUUAGAUUUGUAGAGUUAUAUGUGCAUAUAUUUAUGCAUCUAUACAAUUAACAUAUAUAUAGUUAUAGAUAUGAUAAAAUUAUAUUUAUAUUUAUGUAAUUACAUUUAUAGAUUUUCAGAUUUACAUGUAUGUAUAGAGUAACAACACUAAUAUAUAUAGUUAUAUUUAAAUUUAUAAAUGUGCAUAGUUAUUUAGUUAGAAGUAUAUGGAAGUUUAGCUACAUAGAGCUGUGUAGACUUAGGCUGCAUUUUUACUUCUUUCCCCCUCAGCUGCCUUUUUCACCUUUUGCUUUUCUGUUUGUCCCCCCUCUUUCUCCUCUUCCUGUGCUGGGUCCGAGCUGGUGGCCGGGCCGGGUGGAGCAGCAGUUCCAGAGCCUGGUGUCCCUGGAGCGGUGGGAGCUGCUGGUGGCCCCAGGCACCGUCCCCUGAGGAGCUGCUGAAGGACGCUGCACUGAAGACCUUGAAAACAGCCGCAGACUGAUGGGAGCCAGCAGAGAGAGAAGCUGAAGGCCACCAGCAAGAGCAGUGAACAGGGAUGUGCUGCUGCCACUCGAGACCCCGGGAGAGCUGCUCUGCACAGAAGGAAACAACGGAGAGGCUUGGAAGAUGGGGCAGCUGGAAUCCCUCCGUUUAUAGUUCUGUUUAAAGACAUAUGGACUUGCUCAUAGAGAGGGAUAAUUAUAUGGAUAUUUAUAUACGUGUAUUGGUAUUUGUAUAGCAAAUAUGGCGAAUAUGACUGUUGUUAUAUUUAUGGAUGUAUGCUGUGUAUAUACAUAUAUGUAAUUACAUAUAUGUGUAUAUAUGUAUCUAAGUAUACAUGUAUGUUGUUAGAUGGUUUUAGUUCUAUUUCCUAUGUAUAGAGUUGUGUAGGUAUCUAUUUCUGUUGAUGCAGUUAUAGGUACAUGGCUCUUUAAAUAGGUAUAUUGGUAUUUCUAUAGGUAUAUAUGUCUAUUUUUAUAUUUGUAUAUGUAUAUUGACCUAUUUCUAUAAGCAAUUAUAUUUACAUAUGUAUCCAGAUAUAUACCUUUAUAUGUGUAUUGAUGCAAUUGGAUAGAUACUUAGCUUGGCCUUGGCAUAGUGAUAUUUUUAUAUUUAUACAUAGGUUUGUUUUAUAUGUAUGUGUAUAUAAUGUAGCAUGUAACGUAAUAUGUAAUCAGUAUUGACAUGUGUAGAUUGUAAUAGUUAUCUAUGUAUUUAUGUAUUUGUGUAUAUAUAGGUAUUUAAUUCUAAUUCAACAUGUAUGGAGUGGUAUAAUUUUAUAAUUAUAUCGACUGAGUUGUUGGUACAUGGUUAUUUACAGAGGGAAUGUAUAUUUUUGUAUUUCUAUAUGGGCUGUACACUUGCAGUCAUAUGUAAUAAAUGAAGUUGUUAAGCACCUAAUUGAUCUUUGUGUACAUUGAGUUGUUGCAGAGGUUGGCAAUAUAUUUAGUUUUGUUAACUGAAGUAUUUGUAAAUUUUACAUAGCAUUGUUGUAAUAAUCUAAUAAAUUCCUUUUUUAACCUUAAUUGAGAUUUGUACAGUUCUGUAUUGUCAGCAUGGGUGUAGCAAUUUGUAAUAAAAUGACAUUUUUCAACUGAAUCUUGUGUAUUUGUCAAUCAGAAAUGCAGCUGUAGCAAUCUGCAAGAAAUUACAUUUGUCAGCUGAGAUGAGUGUUUUGUGAUUUGUGCUACCCAAAACAAUGAGCAGAUGUAAAGGUGAUGCUGGAGGCUUCUGGCCAUGAAAAAAUCUCCAGCCAUGCCCAGCACAUGCCCUACUUGGACUUAGUUUGGGCAAGGCAAGCAGAGAUUUGGGAUGGCAGCAAAGCCACAUGUUCACUAAGAACUCACUGCAAAGGCUGCUGAAGAAACUCUGGGACUCCACUGAGCGUAGAACCCCAACCAUGAGCCACCUAGGGCGGACAAAUCUACCCCCUAUGCCACAGGCAGCUCUUUAGGAAGUGCUCCAAGUGUCCCUCUGAAGGUCAUCCUGGAGACCAGAAGCCAAUAGGGAUCCUGAGUCAGCCUCCUGAGCCGGCUUUGGCGGCACCUUGGCAAGUGAGCUGGAGCAAGGAGGAGGCAACAGUGACUGUAACUGCUGCAGGCUGGGGCUGAAGGGCGGGCUAUGGACACAAGGGCUGAAAUUCUCCAAGAUCCAGGAGAACUGGUGUUGGAGGUUAGAUUUGCUUCUUUUUCACUUACAGAUUUUUUUCCCAUAAGUUGCUAGGAGACUAACUACAGGAUACUCGACUAAAACAAAGAAGUGGUCAAAGGAGAUAGCAGCAUCGGCUACACCUAUUGUUUUUGAGUUUCUGGCAGUUUCCCUCAGAGGGGAGAGGUAUCACGGGUUUUGGGGGAGGUAAAGGACAGGGCUGGGGACAGCUUCGCUCUCUUGCUCUGGGCAUGGGAAAGAGAAUGGCCAGGCUGCUGCUUGCUGCAGGAGUUUGCUGUUACCACUUCGUCCAGUCUUGGAAAAUCGACCACCAUCUCCUCCUGUGCGCCGGAACCCUGAGCUCGCCUCCUCCUGCCCUGCUAGGGUGGCCCUGUCCCACCGCCGGCAUUUCUUCUGCACUGCUUUGAGGUUUUCUGCCACUCCGUAGCCCUGCACUGCCCUGCCCUGCCAGGACAUCCCUGCUGCUCCAGCUACCACAGACAGAGCUUCUGAUACAUCUCAUCCACCAGCCCGGGAUUUCCCAUCGCUCCAGCUUGGUGCUCUCAGAGUCCCAAGAGAUCAGACUGCCCCGGGCUUUGUGAAACCAAAGCCCCUCGGGAUUCUUGAUUCUGUUUAUUGUUAAUGCUGUAGUAGUUGUUGUUUGUUUUGUCAUAUAUACUAGUAAAGAACUGUUAUUCCUAUCCCCACACCUCUGCCUGAAAGCCCCUUUAAUUUUCUACAUUGUAAUAACUUGCCAUAGGAGUUGCUGGUAGGAUCACUGCUACAGCAGUAGCAAAAGCCAGCAGGAUCUGCUCAUUUUCCUGGGUCUGUUUCCAGGACACAGGCUGUGAUGGUCCCUGUUCCCACAAAGCCCGUGCUCAUGGAGGCUGCAGGGCAAAAGCAAUCCCAUUGCAAAGAGAGGCUUUGCAAUUAAAGUCCACUGCCCUUGUGUUUAGGGAAUGAAUGACUGCCAUGCUAAAGCACAGCAGCUGGGCUGCAGGGCCCCUCACAGCUCUGUGUGUGUGUGUGUGUGUUGCAAGCCCGCCUGAUGUGUCCAUGCUGCAACACACACAAGAACAAAGUGACUUGAUCCUAUUUUUAGCACACCAACUCCUGGAUCUGACGGCACACUUCCUGACCAGCCACGGCCGGCCUUGGCCAGAGCCCAGGCCUGGGCACAGAGAGUUUUCCCCUAAAAUACCUUACAGAUAAGCUUCUAUUCCUGUCAGUUGGGAAAGUUUCUUAAAGUGAUAUAUUUCCUGCAGAUAACUGCACAAGGUUAUACAGAGCCAGCACAAGCGUCUUUGUUGUCUAUUUCUCGCUAAAUACUGAUGGGGUUAGUGACACAGUGCCCAGAAUUCAUCUUGUAAGUCAGCUCUGGCUCAGGCCUGCUGCUCAGCCCUCAGCACAUCAGACACUGAAUUUAGAGAACCUUUUGAUAAAGGUUGUCACCCCUUUACUUCUUUGAGCCCAAUACUUCUAGUCUUGAUAUAUCUGAAAUCUUUCCAUACAUUCUGGCAAACAGACCAUCUAAAAUUUUCACUGCUUCUCAGUGUUUAAAUUCUAUCCACCGAGAGAAACCCAGUCACUUCCAAAAUGAGCCUGAGAGAAGCUAUUCUUUUAAAACAAAACCAAGACUUCUUUCUUUAUAAAGGGAGGAGUUUCCAAAACUCCUCUGUGAAACUCAUGCAGAUUGUUUGAAGUAUCCAUUUCCUGCCGUGAGCUGAGGGAAGCCGACCUGAGCAGCGUGCACACAAAGCUCAAUUUCAGUAGAAAGGUGGGUGAUACAAGAGUGACUGGGGAAGGACAGAGGGGCUUUGCAGCUCUGCUGGGGCUGCUCAGUUCAGCUUGCUGUUCAUAGGUGUGAAAGGAGCCCUUGCUGCUGUAGCAAAGCUGUUUGAAGACACAGACAGUUGUUCAUGAGCCAGGUCCUGGUUGUGAUGAACAAGCAUUUGUACACCAAAAUCUACCAGAAGCAUUACCACUGUUCUUCAGCCAACUUCCUGCCAGAACCUGUAAUCCUGGGAGCAACUUCCAGUGAAGGGAAGAGGCUUCUACUCUCAUUCCUUUUAACAGCUCUUACACCACGACAUAAAUUCUCAGCAGCCCAGGUUCCCCUUAGAAAGGCAGGAUGUUGUGCUCCUUCUCAUUUUUCAGGAUUCCUCAUCAUUUGCAAGGCUUUACUCAUAUAUUCUGAAUGUUUUCCCCAAGAUAAUAAUGAAUAGUGUAAGAGCCUGUAAUGAACUCCUUUCACUUUGUAUCUGUUAUUUCCUGCAGAGAGGGGAUACAGGAAGGCACUAGAGAUUCCAGGCUUCAGGGAAGGGACACCCAUUGGACAAACUUCUGACAGGUGCAGCUUCUAAGUAAAUUAAGUUUAUAGGGAAAACACUCUAGGAAGAAAUAUUGCAGAUCAACUGUGGGGAGACAGAGAGUGCUAAAGGCAAUUUUGCCUCUGAUAUAUUGCAGCUGUGUUAAUUACUCAAGAGUGGGAACAGCCUUGCCCUCACAGCUAUGGGUGUGAUAAAAGAGUUAGCUGGUUGGAGUCAGUUGAGUCUGCUGGCUGUGCUCUGAGGAGGAAGGGGAGGUCGUGCAAGAGACAGAAAGGGCAAGACAUUGUACAAGGGACACAAGGUUAGGUGGCUGUGCUGGGGACAGGAAGGAGCAAGUUGGAACUGCAGAAGGAAGAGAGAGGGAGAGAAAGAGCCAGAGCUGUGUAGAGCUACCCAUGGGAGACUACAUAGAAAAGGUAUGAAAGACUUUUAGAUAACAAGGAGCUGAUGCUUGAAACCUUCUGAAAUUUUACCGAAGCACUCUGAGCGUCAUGGCCAUCUCUACCACCACAAUCAACAACUUCCCAUUUUGAUUUUGGGGGCAGAAUUCAAAUGCCGCCUCCAAGCAUGGGGAGCACUGAGACUCUAAGCCACACCACAUCCCUGCCAAAAUUCCCAGCAGCCAUGACAAACUGACUGCAGAAAUAAUGCAGCACCUUGGCCCUCCUGUUGUGUCAGGAAUAAGCUACUGGGAAUACAGCCA